UGCCAGGUUGUGUAACCACACUACAAGAUGGCGGAAACCGGGAAGGUGUUGUUUCGUGAGGCGUGGUUACAAAACAACUUCCCGGACUCCGUAAGGACCGACGCGAUCACCGGCGUCUGGGACUUCUUAAACGCGAUUGAUUGGAGCGAACCAUGGCUGAUUGGACUACAGGUGUUCCACGCCUUCUGUUUCAUCCUGACUUUCCUGACAAGAAAGCACAUCAACCUGCAAUGUGCCCACUUCUGUAUUCUCUUGCUUCUUGCAUAUUCUGCGCAAUACAUCAAUGAAUGGGCAUCAACCAAUUACAAGCUUUUCUCCAAGCUGCAGUACUUUGACAGCAGCGGGCUGUUCAUCUCCCUGGUGCUGUCCCUGCCACUGUUGCUCAACUGUCUCAUCAUUGUGAGGGUGAGGAAAAUCUUUCAGGACUAG